AUGAACAGAGACACCUUCAUACGACGAGAUUCGAUAGACAUAAUAAAAGCAGAAAAAAAACCGACACGACAAAGAUGUCAAAUCAGAAAUGGCAGGAAUCUAUCUAUCUAUCUCCAUAUAUUUAUCUAUCUAUCUAUCUAUCUAUCCAUCUAUAAUCAGUUUUCUCUUCAGGAUUUCAUCUAUCUAUCUAUCUAUCUAUCUAUCUAUCUAACGCAGUCUCUUCAGUAUUAUCUAUCUAUCUAUCUAUCUAUCUAUCUGUCUAUCCAUCUAUCAAUCUAUCGUUCAUUAUUCACUAUCUAUCUCAUCUAUCUAUCUAUUAUCUUCCUUAUCUGUUUUAAACAUGAUCAAUAUCAUCAUUCUAUAUAUUUAUAUAUCUAUCUAUCUAUAUAUCUAUCUAUUUAUCUAUCGUUCUAUUAUUCAUUAUUCACUAUCUAUCUAUCUAUCUAUUAUCUAUCUAUCUAUCUAUCUAUCCUGUUCUUUUCAAAAUACAUUUUUUCUCUUUAUAAUCUAUCUAUCUAUCUAUCUAUCUAUCGUUCAUUAUUCACCAAUUAUCUAUCUAUCUAUCUAUCUAUCUAUCUAUCUAUCUAUCUAUCCUAG